AGUGGCGUGGCCACGGGCGGCAUGGCCGCUGAUGGACUCCACAGACAUCGGCGUUUGCGCAAGCUUCUUGGAUGGCGAUGUCGCGGCGCAAGAGGCGCUCUCCGCGGGCAUCCAGGCCGUUGUCUCAGCCAUGUCUGGAGAGGUGCGCUUCACUAACGAGAACGAGGUCGCCUUCGCGAAGCUGCGCCUGGGCUGCCGCCACGGGGGCGCGCAUGGCGGCGCCGCCCUGAGGCAGGUGCAGCCCCAGCAGCAGGCGGUGGUGGUGUCCUUUUUGGCCCGGAUGGCGGGCCGGCGCCGGCGCUGUGCCGCGCGGCGGGUGCAGGAGUUGGGCUGCAUCUUGGCCAAGGCUUCGGCCUCCUGGCAGGAGCUCCUGGCCAAGGAGGAACCGCUGGGUGGGCCGUCCGGUCUCUUAGCCGAAGAGUUGAAGGCGCUGGCGACAGGACAGGCCGAGCCUGAGAGGCAGAUAGAGAACGAGGCCAGGGUUUUCCUUCGCGAGAAGCAGACUCAGCGGUAUUUGUCCAUCGUGAGCUCACCGAACGGACAUGGCUUGGUGGCAAUGACGGACGUGCCAGUGUCGCUUUUUGUGUGUCAUCUGGAUGGCAAAGGUACCGAUAGCUUCGCGUCAUCCAGCACUGAGGCCUGUGAAGAGAGUUUGAAGACGAGGCUAUCAGAGCUCGAAGAGACUCUGGAUAUAGGCUUCGCGCAUGAGGGCAUCCCAUCGUUUGGAGGCUUCCUUUGUUCCAGGAGACGCAUUUUGGCGGAUGUGGAGUUGUCCUGCUCCAGCAAGAGCUUCGGAAAGCGCGAGCGCUUUCGCUGGGGGCCGGAUGCGUCGUUGCAACAUCAAUUCACUGAAAUGUGGCUUUCCGUGGACCUCGCCAGUCCGCAGAAGGUGUUCCUGAGCGCUGAACGCAGCGAGCGCGGUGCUUGGGAGGCCGUUGCUGCACUUUGAUGACUAGGUGCGGGAGGAUCAGCCGUUUGAAGGUGUGAUCCGGGAGCAGUUUACAGCUGCACUGUACAGACUUUUGGCUUCUGUGUUGACAGAGCCUGGGGGGUGUAAGGGGAGCGACAAGAUGGGGCCUCAGGAGUUGGAUGCCAUCUUUCUGGCAAUCGCGUAGAUCAGAAUCUUGG